CGCAUCGAGGAGACUACCUACGGCCAUGGCGAGGAGAAGGCUUCUCGCGCUCGCCUCCCGGCUCUACGGGAGGCCUCAGGCGACGCAGCCGUGGCGGCGACCCCCGCCCCGGUUUCUCUCCUCAGCUGCGUCCGGCACCCUCGAUCACCUGAAGUCGCCGCCUUUCGCGCGUCCGGCUGCCCGGAACCCCGCCUCCUAUCCAUGGGAUCGAUUCGGAGGAGGGCAGAAGAGGACCAUGUUCAUCCAGACACAGUCGACCCCGAACCCGCAGUCACUCAUGUUCUAUCCUGGAAAGCCAGUUAUGGAGAUUGGGAGCUCUGAUUUCCCUAAUGCUCGGACUGCGAUGACAUCCCCUUUGGCUAAGUCGCUUUUUGCUAUUGAUGGAGUAACCAGGGUAUUCUUUGGAUCUGAUUUUGUAACUGUUACAAAAUCAGAAGAAACUUCCUGGGAUUGCCUCAAACCUGAGGUUUUUGCUGCAAUAAUGGACUUCUACUCAUCUGGGCAACCACUUUUUCUGGACUCAAAUGCUGCAGCUUCUAUGGACACAGCAAUUCACGAGGAUGAUUCUGAAAUAGUUGCCAUGAUAAAAGAAUUAUUGGAGACUCGUAUUCGACCAGCUGUUCAAGAUGACGGCGGUGACAUUGAAUACCGAGGAUUCGACCCAGAAACAGGAACAGUUAAGCUUAAAAUGCAAGGUGCCUGCAGCGGCUGUCCAAGUUCGUCAGUCACAUUGAAGUCUGGGAUAGAAAACAUGCUUAUGCACUAUGUGCCUGAGGUGAAAGGAGUAGAACAGGAGUUCGAUGGUGAUGAGGAAGCUGAAGUGGCUGGAUAGAUCGAGAGAGUUUUUACAGGUUUUGAGGGUCAACACAGCCUGAUGUUAUAGCAACUUCGCACGUACGGUAUUGCCGAUCCUGAUGUAUGCAGGAGGCAGGCUUAGAUAGCAGAGGCGUCAAUAGUCUGAAAUAACAUCCGUUGCACUAGUAUCCGAAUAAAGUGACAGUGAAUUGAUUUUUUAUUUUCAUUAAAUUUCUGUGUAUAUGUGAGUUAAACACGGCAAUGAGCAGUAAAAACCCGUGUACCUGCGGAUACUGGACCUGGUGGUGCGGACAUGGGCGUCAUCUUGUGCCCACCGGCAUGGGUACAGAAUUGUACCCAACAGGACGAAGGUAGACGGUAAAAAAAUAGCAAACCCGUAUCCAUUUAACCUGCCAAACCCGCAAUGACAUGUGGAUAUUGCAAAAU